AUGGCGGGAUCGAAUAUUGUAGCUGUACGGCCUGUACGGAUUGGCACUCGUCGAUCCCAUCUGGCCGUCGUCCAGGCCGAGGGCAUCCGCGCCAGUUUGCAGAAGAUAGCCCGCGAUCGGACCUUUGAGAUUGAAACCCUGCACACGCUGGGCGAUAAAGACAAGUCCACGGCACUCUACAAAUUCGGAGAAAAGUCCCUAUGGACCAGCGAAUUGGAAGAGAAGCUCAGCUCGGGCGAGGUAGAUAUUGUCGUUCAUUGUUUAAAAGAUAUGCCAACUAGUCUCCCAGACUCGUGCGACCUCGCACCAAUUCCACUCCGCGAUGAUCCUCGCGAUGCGUUGAUCGUCAAAGCUGGCCUGCCUUAUACAAGCUUGCAGACUCUGCCGGAAGGCGCAGUUGUGGGGACUUCAUCAGUGCGGCGCUCAGCACAGCUUCGUCGCCUGUAUCCUCAUCUCCGCUUUGCAAACUUGCGCGGAAACGUGGAGACGCGCUUGGCUAAGGUUGAUAAUCCCGAAAGCGAGUAUACCUGCAUGGUGAUGUCUGCAGCUGGUCUUGAGCGUAUCGGACUCAGAGAUCGUAUCAACCAGUACAUGGGUUCCAAGGAGGGUGGUAUUCUGCAUGCGGUUGGCCAGGGAGCGCUUGGGCUGGAGAUUCGAAAAGGCGAUCGCGAGACUUUGGCGUUGGUCAGCAAUUUGGCAGAUCGGUGGUCGACUCUAGCUUGUCUUGCGGAGCGGGCUCUUAUGCGUACUCUUGAGGGAGGUUGUAGUGUUCCGAUUGGUGUUGAGACGGAAUGGAUUGAUCGGGCACAGUAUCUCUUGAGGAUCACGGCGAUUGUUGUCAGUCUUGAUGGAUCUCAGAGUGUGCAAAAUUCUAUGGAGGUUACAGUGCAGACUAACGAAGCGGCUGCUGCGCUUGGACAAGAAUUGGCUGCGAGGCUCGUGAAAGGAGGUGCUGACAACAUCCUGAAUUCCAUCAAUGCCAAUAGACCUGCUAAGGAGUGA